CCUGUCUGUAUAUAGAGAUAGUUAUGUUGUGUUUCUGAAUCUGAAGGUGAAGCAAAGCAGAGGAAGAAAAUAAGAAUCGCAGGAGGUAAAGAUUGUAAUGGAGGUCGAAGAUCCAACAAUGGAAGCAGGUUCAACGAUUAAGCUAACAGUAAAAUUCGGAGGCAAAUCAAUACCUCUUUCGGUAUCACCGGAUUGUACAGUCAAAGACCUUAAGUCUCUCUUACAACCAAUCACCAACGUUCUUCCUCGUGGUCAGAAGCUCAUCUUCAAAGGUAAGGUUUUGGUUGAAACGUCGACUUUGAAGCAAUCUGAUGUAGGAAGUGGAGCUAAAAUCAUGUUCAUGGCCUCCCAAGGUCUGCAUCAAGGGGAAGGUCCUGUACUUAAGGAAGCUAGUACAAGGCCAAUCUCUAGGACUGCUGUAUCGGAUAAAGUAGAUCAGACGAAACCUAGUCUCCUUGUGGACAAGAACCGCGUUGAUCGAUGGAAAGCCACAGGAGUCAUUGCUUUAGCUCAAGCUAAUUUGAAGGAAAUACCCAAAGAAGUGUGGGACUGUGGAUCUGGAGUCAGAGUACUUGACAUUAGUGAAAACUUCAUUAAAGAAGUACCUGCCAGAAUCAGCUCCUUUGGUUCUAUGCAGAAACUGUUCCUUCAAGGAAAUGGUCUGUCCGAUGAAUCAAUUCAGUGGGAAGGGAUAUCAUCUCUGAAGCGCCUCAUGUUUCUGUCUAUUAGCCAUAACAAUCUAACUGUUCUGCCACCAGCAGUGGGUUCUCUGACGUCUCUUAGACAGCUUGAUGUUGCCAACAACAAGUUGACAAGUCUACCGAAUGAGUUAGGACUUCUUACGCAGCUGGAGAUCUUGAAAGCCAACAAUAACAGAAUAACUAGCCUUCCUGAGAGUACUGGAAACUGUUCAUUCCUCAUGGAGGUUGAGCUUUCAGCUAAUAUCAUAUCGGAACUUCCCGAGACAUUCACCAAACUGCGUAAUCUAAAGACGCUGGAGUUGAAAAACACAGGAUUGAAGACACUGCCAUUGGGUUUAUUCAAGAUGUGUUUGCAGCUCUCAACUUUAGGACUCCACAACACAGAGAUAACCGUUGAAUUUCUCCGCCAGUUCGAGGGAUGGGAGGAUUUCGAUGAAAGAAGACGUACCAAGCAUCAAAAGCAGCUGGAUUUCCGGGUUGUUGGCUCUGGCAAAUUCGAUGAAGGCGCUGAUAAAUCUUGGUGAUCGAGUCAAACUCGAAUCUCAUAACCUUUGCCUAUGUGGUGGCACUUUCAGUUCGUCUCCUUAAUGCGUGAAUAUAUUUAUUUACUCCAAUUUGAGUCUGUUCUUCCAAAAACCAAUAAAAUCAAACCGAUUUUCGUAGUGACAAUUUUUUUAUACCAAAUAAAUUGAACCACUAAAUUGAGGGAAACCAUUUCAUGAA